CGUUCCCAAAGCCAUCAUCGAGAAGUACUUCCAACGCUUCCAAGCUAUAGAGCAAAGAGAGUUCCUUAGCAAAGUUUCACGGUUCUUCAGGUUCCCAACGCAUCUUUCCCACUCGCCAAUCUCCAGUUAGAACAUAAGAAGAAUGUCGAUCGUCAGGCGGAGCAACAUCUUCGACCCCUUCUCUCUCGACGUCUGGGAUCCUUUCCACGGAUUCCCCUUCGACGCCUUCCGCUCCCUUUCCGAGUCCCGCCCCACCUUCGUGAGCGAGACCUCCGCCUUCGCCAACACCCACAUCGACUGGAAGGAGACUCCGGAGGCUCAUGUCUUCAAGGCUGACCUCCCGGGAGUGAAGAAAGAGGAGGUGAAGGUGGAGGUGGAGGAGGGCCGCGUCCUCCAGAUCAGCGGCGAGCGCAGCAGGGAGAAAGAGGACAAGAACGACAAGUGGCACCGUGUCGAGAGGAGCAGCGGCAAAUUCCUCCGGAGGUUCCGGCUGCCGGAGAAUGCCAAGGCGGACCAGGUGAAGGCGACCAUGGAGAACGGGGUGCUCACAGUGACGGUGCCCAAAGAGGAAGUCAAGAAGCCCGACGUGAAAGCCAUUGAGAUAUCCGGCUGAGUUUUGAAGUGAUUUUUAGCCAUCAGAAAGAGCAGGUUGUGUACCUUCCAUAUGAGACAAAAAAUGUGACAGGCGUGUUCUUCUACUACUACUACUACUAAGUGUACGUAUCAAUUGUGCUCGCUAUGUAACGGUGUAUUUAUAUAAUUGUUGCUUUUCUAAGUAUAUAAAUAUAUUUGGCUUUUUUUGGUAAAGAAAUAUAUUUGGCUUGUGCUACGAUA